CGAUUCUCGGCUAUAAAGCGAAAUAUUAUUCGCGGUUCAGUCCAUCGAAAGUUUUUCAGGACAUCUUGUAGCCACUACCCUAUUUGCUUAGGAUCGCAUAAUUUAGGUAUUUAUCAUCCAGAAUGGCUUCAAGCGCCCUCGCCGGUGAGGCGAAUAGCAAUCAGUGGAGUAUCACCCAGCACCCAUUGGAAGCUAUUAAGACGGGCAUUCAGAGUUCCACCGCUGGUGAAUCCCGUGGCAACCGCGUUACACAUAUGAUGAGCGCCAACGAAAGCCCCGCGGAUAUCGCAGCUAAAAUAUCGGGUUGUGUUGCAGGCGGAAUCCGUACCGAUGAUGCCCCUUAUUUCACUAACAACGAGGCGCUUCCAUUUCCAGACGCAUGCCAUAGCAAGACAAUUGGCGGUAUUCCCGUAGCUAGCGACGUGUUUCUUUUUCAGAAGCAGCAAACCUUCAAUCGUUCGAAGAAUUUGGAGCGUAUGGUACAUCCUUGCGGAAGUGGCGCAUUUGGGUAUUUCGAGUGUACCAAGAACGUAUCCAACUUGACGAAAGCCAAUUUCCUUCAGAAGCCUGGCGAGAAGACUCCCAUUUUCAUCCGCUUCUCUACAGUCACACUGGGCCGAGAGUUCCCUGACGAAGCGCGAAACCCGCGAGGUUUCGCGAUUAAGUUCUACACUAAAGAGGGUAAUUAUGAUAUCGUGGGACUCAACUGGCCUAUCUUCUUCUGCCGCGAUCCCAUCCAAGGGCCAGACGUGAUCCGUUCGCAGUAUCGCGAUCCCAAGAACUUCCUUCUCGACCAGGAUGCCACUUUUGAUCUUCUUGCUAACACACCGGAGUCAAACCAUGCUGGCCUGAUGUUCUUCAGUGACUACGGGACUCCCGUCGGAUGGAGAUUUAACCACGGCUACGGGUGUCAUACUUUCAAGUGGAUCAACGACAACGGUCAAUUUGUGUAUAUUAAAUAUCACUUUAUCGCCAAGCAUGGGCGGAAGCAGUUUACCUACGAUGAGGCCCUGAGAAAGAUGGGCGAGGAUCCAGAUUACUCGAAGCGCGACCUCUGGGAGACUAUUGAGCACGGCGAGCAGGUCGAAUGGACUGCCAAGGUCCAGAUCAUGAAGCCGGAAGACGCGGACCCAGAUAAACUAGGUUUUGAUCCGUUCGACGUGACCAAAGUCUGGCCGCGCGAUAAAUUUCCGAUGGAAGAAUUCGGUCGUCUUGUUCUGAACAAAAACCCGGAGAACUUCCAUCGAGACGUGGAGCAAGCGGCCUUUUCGCCGGGAAGCAUGGUACCCGGAAUCGGCGACUCCCCUGAUCCACUGCUCCAGUUCCGCAUGUUCUUCUACAGAGACGCGCAGUACCACCGCAUUGGUGUGAACUUACACCAGAUCCCUGUCAAUUGCCCGUUUAUGGCCCAGUCCUACUCAUCUGUUAAUUUUGAUGGGCCGAUGCGCGUUGAUGCCAAUCACGGGGGAAAUCCUCAGUACGUGCCCAACAGUUUCGUGCACAAGUUCCGUCCGGACGCUGCCGAGCCGGCUUUCCAAGUCUCGGAUAACAUUUGCAGCCGCAAGAGUCACUACUGGCACGAAGGUAAAAAGAACGACUAUGCGCAAGCAACUGAGCUUUGGAGGCGGGUGAUGACCGAGGAGGAGCGGAAGCAUACCUGUUACAAUACAGCUCAGAAUCUGAAGCAGGUCAAGUACCCGUUGAUACAGAAAAAGUACUUGGCUCAAAUCUACAACGUAGCGCCCGAGUGGUCAGAAGGUGUUUACGCAAUGCUCCCUAAGAAGGAUUUCGAAUUUAAGGAAGUUGUGGAGCUAUCGCAGACCGCUCAAGAGUGGUAUAAGGAGAAGAAGUUCCAACCGAGCCAACCUACAGAUCGUUUAGUGGGAUAUGCACCCUCUAUGCCUGUGUAUAACGUGUGAGGUGAAGGUUCAGCGACUUCAAUCUACCAGGUUUAUACAUUUACAUGUAUUGUCUUAUUCCUCCAUUUUUAUCAUGUUGGUUUAGGUUAAGUCCAUGUAAUAAUAUCAUCGCUCGCUGACCA